AUGAAAUUCAUUUAUUAUAUUUUAUUAUUUAUUAUUUACUUUGAUAUUUUUGCUGAUUGUAAAGGUGGACGUGGUAGUAGAUUUCGUGGAAGUAGUAUUGGCGUUGGGGGUGGGCAUUAUCGAACGAAUAGCCGAGAUUCUUCAUCAGAUGCUGUAUUAACUGUCUUUGAUUAUAUUUACUUAACUUUCGGUGCAAUUUUUGUCGGAUGUUUCGGUAUAUGUUUAAUCAUAGUGGUACUCUCACACUGUAUUAAAAGUUGUUGUAGUAGAAUAGGAGAAACAACAACAUCAAAUAGAAAUCAUGUUUCAUCAGGUAUUUGGUUAUAUCAAUAUUAUGAAAAUGGAAAUUAUUAUGGACCUUAUCAAUUGCCACUUAUAUUUUCAUUUCCAAAUAUGAUAAUAAAAGGAACAGGAUCAGAUAAUACUGGAAAAUUUGAUAUAAUAGGAUCUUAUUCAGAUAAAACAGAACGAAUGGUUUUAAUACAAAAAUAUCAACGAACAGGGCUUAGAAUUAUAAGAUUAAUAUGGAAUGAAAUAAAUAAUCAAUUUGAAGGAACGUGGAAUAUAAAAUCAUGUCAAUAUAUAGAUAAUAGACAAUUUAAACUUCAAUUUAUUCCAGGUUCAAUUGCAAGUCAUGAUUAUAAUAAUUUAUUUAAUAUUAAUUCAAUUUAUUCACAAUUAUUAAAUACUUAUAUAACAUAUAAACUUUAUUCCGAUUUAUUAUCAAUAAUAAAUAAUCAAAUAAGAAAAAUAAAUUUAUAUAAAAAAUUUUUAAAAAUUCUUAAAAUAAUACUCCUUACUAUGAUUAUCUUGUUAUUUCUAAUUCUAUUAACUAUUAUUCUUAGGAUAAAGAUCGAUCAUUUUGGAACUAAUCUCAUGAGUUCAUUAUAUAUAUCUACAAUUAUACCAUUUUGUAUAAUACUGUCUAUGGCAUGCUGUUUUCGUUCUAAAAUUGACAUUACACGUAAAAAUCUUCAAUUAGCUGUAAAAAAAUUUACAAACGAACAAAUAAAUUCUCAAACAAUAUAUCAACAUUCGGAAUGGAGUAUUGAAUAUUUUAAUGAAAAUGAAACAAUAUUAUGUAUAAAACCUUGUUCAUCAAAUCAGCAAACAAUUAGAAAUCCAACAGAAACAGCAACGAUUGUCUCUAUUUCAUAA